CUCAACGCCCCCCAUUACCAGGGCAGUUGCGAAAUAGAAUAACGCGAGAGCGACAACGACGACCCCCGCAUCAGAUCUGAAAAAGAGCUUCGUGGAGAAGCGCUUCCCCCCCAACCUCCAUCUCCCUCCUCUUUCUCCCUCUCCUCGCUCUUCGAUCCGUUCGAAGAGAGAUGAAGCUCUUCGAUCGGCUUCCUCCCAUGGAUCACCUCCGAUCGGAGGAGAUGACCCUCGUGCAGCUCAUCAUCCCCGUCGAAUCCGCCCACAGAACCAUCACCUACCUCGGUGAGCUCGGAUUGAUCCAGUUCCGAGACUUGAAUGAAGAUAAGAGUCCUUUCCAGCGAACUUUCGUCAAUCAGGUGAAGAGAUGUGCAGAGAUGUCACGUAAAUUAAGGUUUUUGAGCGAUCAGAUCAACAAGGCGGGGCUCACAUCUUCUCCUCUACCUGCUUUGCAACCAGAUUUCACUUUGGAGGAGCUAGAGGUACAUUUGGGUGAACAUGAGUCUGAGCUUCUAGAAAUGAAUGCAAACAGUGAGAAGCUUCGCCAAUCAUACAAUGAGCUCCUUGAAUUUAAGCUGGUUUUGUUAAAGGCAGGUGGCUUCCUUGCUUCAUCUCACAAUCAUGCAGCUCCAGCUGAGAGAGAGUUAGAUGAAAAUGUAUACUCCAAAGAAGAGGAUGGGGAGACCGCAUCUUUACUGGAGCAGGGUGAGCAGCCUGAGACUUCAAAAUCUGGCUUGAGAUUCAUUAGUGGGAUCAUAUGUAAAUCUAAAGCAUUAACGUUCGAGAGGAUGCUUUUCCGAGCGACGAGGGGCAAUAUGUUCUUUAAUCAAGCACCUGCGGGAGAGCAUGUUGCUGAUCCAGUAUCCGGUGAACUGAUAGAAAAAAUCGUGUUUGUAGUCUUCUUUUCUGGGGAGCAAGCUAAAACAAAAAUAUUAAAAAUUUGUGAUGCAUUUGGGGCAAGUUGCUAUCCUGUUCCAGAGGAUAGUAUUAAGAAGAGGCAAAUAAUUCGAGAGGUCACCUUACGUCUAUCUGAUUUAGAAGCCACUCUGGAUGCUGGAAUACGUCAUAGAAAUAAAGCUCUAGCUUCUAUCGGAUCCCAAUUAUGGAGGUGGAAUAUUGUGGUACGAAAGGAGAAGGCUGUAUAUGAUACGCUGAACAUGCUCAAUUUUGAUGUGACAAAAAAAUGCCUCGUUGGAGAGGGAUGGUGUCCUAUAUUUGCUAAGACUCAGAUCAAGGAUGCCUUGCAGCGUGCGACACUUCAUAGCAAUUCACAAGUGGGCGCAAUAUUACAUGAAAUGGACGCUGUUGAAUCACCACCUACAUAUUUCAAAACAAAUCGGUUUACACAUGCUUUUCAGGAGAUUGUGGAUGCAUAUGGUGUUGCUAGAUAUCAAGAAGCCAAUCCUGCUGUAUAUUCUGUCAUCACGUUUCCAUUUCUUUUUGCUGUUAUGUUUGGAGAUUGGGGUCAUGGAAUAUGUUUGCUGUUGGGAUCUUUGAUGCUUAUCGCUCGCGAGAAGAAACUUGGAUCUCAGAAACUUGGCAGCUUUAUGGAGAUGGCAUUUGGUGGGCGCUAUGUAAUUUUGUUGAUGGCAUUAUUUUCGAUAUAUUGUGGAUUGAUAUAUAAUGAAUUCUUUUCUGUGCCAUUUUACAUAUUCGGCCAAUCUGCAUAUAAAUGUCGGGAUGCCACUUGUAGUGAUGCAAGUACAGCGGGCCUCAUAAAAUACCGCAACCCAUACCCCUUUGGCGUGGACCCCAGAUGGCGAGGGAGUCGCUCUGAGCUACCGUUCUUGAACUCCCUAAAAAUGAAGAUGUCUAUCCUUUUGGGUAUUUCCCAGAUGAACUUAGGGAUCAUAUUAAGCUACUUUGAUGCGAAGUUUCAUGGAAACUCCCUUGAUAUUUUGUAUCAGUUCAUGCCUCAGAUGAUCUUUCUUAACAGCCUUUUUGGUUAUCUUGCACUCCUCAUUAUCAUCAAGUGGUGCACAGGGUCUCAAGCAGAUUUGUAUCAUGUGAUGAUUUAUAUGUUUCUCGAUCCAACAGGGGAUCUCGGUGAAAAUCAGCUGUUUUGGGGUCAGAAACAACUGCAGAUUCUUUUGUUGCUUAUGGCUGUUGCAGCAGUUCCGUGGAUGCUCUUUCCAAAGCCUUUCAUCUUGAGAAAACUUCAUAUGGAGAGAUUUCAAGGUCGGACUUAUGGCUUUCUUGGGACAUCAGAGACGGAUCUUGAUGUUGAACCUGAUUCUGCAAGACUACGCCACCACCACGAGGAUUUCAAUUUCAGCGAGAUAUUUGUGCAUCAGAUGAUACAUUCUAUUGAGUUUGUACUUGGUGCGGUCUCAAACACUGCAUCCUACCUUCGGCUAUGGGCUCUGAGCUUGGCGCAUUCGGAGUUGUCCACAGUUUUUUAUGAGAAGUUGCUACUCCUUGCUUGGGGGUACGAUAACCUUAUCAUAAGGCUAGUUGGGCUUGCGGUUUUUGCCUUUGCUACUGCAUUCAUAUUGCUUAUGAUGGAGACCUUAAGUGCUUUCCUCCAUGCUUUGCGUCUUCAUUGGGUCGAGUUUAUGAGCAAGUUCUACCACGGCGAUGGUUACAAAUUCAGACCCUUCUCAUUCUCUCUUUUAGCCGAUGAGGACGAUUGAUCGAAUCAAGUGCUUCUGCAAAAUCUUUUUUGCUUCUUAGAAUUAUUCGAGUACAGCAGAAGGAAAAUAAGCUUGCGGCAGUUUACUAUUAUUUUUCAGAUGUGAAGCUGUAUAUUGGACAUUGGAGUUCUGAGUCGGCUGUCUCUGCUUCAGUUUCCAGCAAGGGUUUCUGAGGAGAAGUAAAUCAUCAGAUACAGUAGAGAAAAAAAAAGAAUUUUUGUAUAUUUGCGGGCGACAUUUAGGAGAAUGCGCCCGAAUUACUUAUAGGUUAGAGCAUGGAUUGCCUUUUGAUGGGAAGCAGGUCUAAUUUUUUCAACCGAGAUAGAGAUCUAGGUUUUCUUAAAAGUAAUUUCCCCCCCCCUUUUUUUUUCUAAUUUUCUUUUUAAAUUGACUGCUCUUUUACUUGACAAUAUAGAGGGAAAAGAGGCUUUUCUUUUACUAUUCUACUCUUAUGUUCACGCAAUUGUAUUGGACUUGUCAUGACAUAGUGAAUUAAAAAACAUCCAUUCUUCAGUUGCAAUC